AUGGAGUUUGAUGGCUUCUCUAUCGAAUGGAUCUUCCAGAUGGUGCUGGCCUCCCUUCAGGUGGCCGCGGCACAGGACUCCACUCUUCCAAAGCCUGUGGACGAUGCCUCACAGUCCCAAAAGGUGGAGGGCACAGCAGACGAGUACCUUCAGGCAUUUGAAGACUUCGUCCAGAAGUUUCACAAGCACUACGACUCUGCAGAAGAGAAGGACAGGCGGCUCAAGAUUUUCAGCAAAAAUAUGGCGUGGGUUCGACAGAGAAACAGCGAAGAUCACAACUACACGGUGGGCAUCACCCCUUUUGCGGACCUCAGCCCUGGCGAGUUUCGCGACAUCUAUGGCAUGCAGACCAAGAACCUUUCUGCCAUUUGGGGAGGUCUUCCACAGGUUCAGGAGCCUCAGGGGCUCUUGCGUGGCAUCUUGAGCGGUGCGCCCGACUCGGUAGACUGGCGGACCAACGGCGUAUUGAGGUGCAGCAGCAGGGCCAUUGUGGGGCUUGUUGGACUUUUGCCACGGCGGGAGCUAUCGAAGGGGCCUGGAAGGUCGCUGGUGGAAACCUUUACACUCUUUCAGAACAGCAGCUUCUGGACUGUGCCGCUACAGAUUAUGGAAACAUGGGUUGCAAGGGUGGCAAUCCAAUGA